AUGGCGGCAGCGUCGAGAGCAUCUCUGCUACGGCAGACGCAAUUUCUGGCCUCGUCCCCGACUCGACUGUUCUCGUCCACGACCCAACCUUUGCGCCUCCUCCGAACUACUCCGUCCAUAUCAUCACGGCUGUUGCUGGCGCCAAAGUGGUCAGCAGUCUCUCGAGCGGCGCCGUUCUCAACUACUUCUCAAAGGAACCUUCUUCCGCCAGGUCCUCAAGUAAUUGAGGGAACAGUCAACGACCCGGCGGCGGUUCCGAAAGUCGAUCCUCUUCAUGGAAGCUAUCAUUGGACGUUCGAACGACUCUUGUCCGUCGGCUUGAUACCGUUGACCAUCGCUCCCUUCGCUGCUGGUUCGGUGAACCCAGCGUUGGAUGCAGCCCUUAUCUUCUCCCUCAUCGUGCACUCACACAUGGGUUUCCAAUCAAUGAUUACCGACUAUAUUCCCCGUCAUAAAUUCCCAACUAUGAGGAAGGCCUUCUCGUGGCUGUUGAACGUGGCCACCGUUGUUGUUGCGAUCGGCUUCUACGAAUUUGAGACAAAUGAUGUGGGGGUCACGGAAGCGAUCAAGAGAAUUUGGCAUGCCGGUGAGAACGACGCAACCAUUGGCAAAACAGAUCUGUCUUCUCUUGGACAUGACGGGAAGCUCAAGAACUUGAAAUAG